AAAACAUUUAAUCUUUUGUGAAGCGUCUAACUUUUUAUUUUAAUAGGUAGGCAUGUACAGGACGUACUAAACCGGGGUCCUGGCUGAUCGGCUUGUUUUCGGCAUGGCUGCAGCUUUUUUCUCUCCUUUUGUUAAACCUUGGACACCGAGAGUGCUGCUGGUGCGAUGGAGCAGGUACAACCCUUACUAUCUAGAGCCAGAGAUCAGGAAGGAGACAUACAACCAACUGGAUACCGAGCUGAGUCCUGAGGAGAAGGAGCUCCGGGAGCUCAAACCCGUCAGACCCAUCAAAGCAGCAACCAAUGCGGAGAGCAGCUCUGUAUUCUGGGACCCGGUCCUCGGCAAAUUUAUCAAUAUGAUGAUGAAACAUGGAAACAAAGUUCUAUCCAGAGAGUUAAUGACACAGACAUUGGAGCUCAUUAAAAGGAAACAACUGGAGAAAUAUCACAAAGCUCCAGAGGGACAGAAGAACGAGAUUGAGUGCAACCCCUAUGUCAUCUUUCACAAGGCCCUGGAAAACUGCAAGCCUGUCGUUGGACUGAUGGUUGUCAAAAAAAGUGGAAAAGCCUACCAGGUGCCCGUCCCACUGAGAGACGAGCAGCGCCGCUUCUUUGCCAUGAAAUGGAUGAUCACAGAAUGCCGUGAAAACAAGCACAGGCGCACACACAUGCCGGAAAAACUUAGCCAGGAGCUGCUGGCAGCUUACGUCAUGGAGGGCAACGUUAUCAAGAAGAAGUACGAGCUGCACAAGAUGGCAGAAUCCAACAGAGCCUUCGCACACUACCGCUGGUAGUGCUUUUUGCUGUGGGACUUAAACCGUCGUAUUAUGUGUUUCUGCUGUAAAUAAUCCAAGAUCUUUUGGAGACGGGACUGUGCUGUAAAUAGUGCUGUGGAGUGAAAUAUACAGUCAACUCAAAAGUG